UAAACAAAGUGAUUUAAAAUUGGGUUAAAAAUGUCAAACUUUUGUGCCUUUUUAUUGAAAAAAAGAACAUAAGAACAUGAUUAGAUAAGAAAGAAUUAUACUUAAAUAUUCCUUUAUGGAAUAUAAAUGCCCACAAGUAGCUCUGCGGCUGUCACUGAUAAAAAGAGGAAUUUCAAGUUCUUAGCGCAAAAAAGCACCGACCAGAAUGGCACAGAACCGCCCGAUAAUGCCGAAAAACAUCUACUCAAAAUCGCCCCGGCUUUACCCUUAAAUAACCGUCGGAAUAUUUACGUAAGGUCUCACAGCACUCUAAAUGUUGCCAGUUUAUCUAAAACCAAUCAGGAUCAAUCUAGUUAUGAUUGUGUCCCGAUACAGACGGGCCCCGAUGGGAUAGCACGCGUUUCCCGAUCACCAGUCGAAAAAGAAAAACAUCCCGACAGAAUUAGUUUAGAUAGGAGAGGACUGACACAUGUUCCUUUAAUAGAGGGGGAACCUAAAUUAAGAUUACUGUCCUUGCAACACAAUUUGUUGACUGAUUUAGAAAUGCUCAGCAAACAAAUGUUUCCCACACUUGUUUUUCUAGAUGUAUAUGAUAAUCAGUUGGAUAAAAUUAAUUUUGUAGAGUUUUUAGAGAAUCUAAGAGUAUUGCUUAUGGGAAAGAACAGAAUCAAGAAAAUUGACGGUUUAGAAAAUCUAAAAAAACUCGAGGUACUUGAUUUGCAUGGUAACCAAAUAGGGCAAGUGGGAGGUCUUGCAAACCUUUCCGAAUUGAAGGUUUUGAAUUUGGCGGGAAACCAAAUCAAGAUUAUUGGAUCCAAGGAUUUGCAGGGGCUGGAAUCACUGCAGGAAUUGAAUUUGAGAAGGAACCGAUUGAAAAAAAUUCACGGUUGCAGUGAAAUGAACAAUUUACUGAAACUAUUCCUAAGCAACAAUGAUUUGCAAAGCGUUGAAGACAUAAGCAGUGUUGCUAAAUCGCAAAAUAUCAAAGAAAUAUCAAUUGACAAUAAUCCAGUGUUUCUAAAUGGAGAUUGUGUGUCCUUUUUGGUGUCAUAUUUGCCUCAAUUGAGUAAAUUGAACGCGAUGCAGAUAACUGAUCAAGUUAGGAAAGCUGCAAUGGCUUGGAGAAGAAAUAAAGAAGCCACAAAUGCAGCAUUUAUGGAUCUCACUAGCGAAACUACUAUGAAUUAUAGAAGAGAAGAAGUUAUAUCUAAUGCCAGAACAAAUUGGGAAUUAUUAAGAUCUCAAACUAAGUGCCUGACAAACAGCGUAAACGCUGUUGACAAAUCUCUGAAAGAUCUGAAGCCUGACUCAGACUUUAUACUGACUUCUCUAGCAAAACCGCAAGUUAAAUCUUCGUGUAAACCUCAAAGAACGAAACUAUACACGAAAUUUUCAUCGAAAGUGCCUAUACUGCCCGACAAAAAACUGAAAAUGGUCAGGACCGGAUCACAAGAGACUGAAACGUCACAGAACUUGUCGAAUACGUCAUCGGUAAACUCGAGCGAGUUGUUGAAACUUCCGCCUAUUUUGGUGCCUAUAAUUAGCAAGCUAGAGAAAAAUGACGAAGGCGGAUUAAAACAUUCUGGAAGUGUAUCAAGUCUCGGUCCAAACAUUGACAGCUCAAGCUCGGUAGCCAGUGGCAGCGAACUGGCACAAUCCAGCUCAUCAGAGAGCUCAAAUACAUCGACAAGCUCCGAUUCAGAGCCCGACGAGGAUGUUAAAGUAGAACAACCAAAAGAACAGGAAGAAGCUAAACAAAAAUGCGUGUUAGAAGAAAAACCACUAUUGCCACCCACAGAACUGCCUAAACUGGGACAGGUUGAGACAGAAGACACUUCAAGCAACCUGUCGAUGACUACAAAUAACAGUUCUUCUGUUUUGAGCGGUCCUAGUACUUCAGAGAGCGAAAAAUGUAGCGGGAAGUCGCAGAAUAAUAGUACUAGUAGCGGUACCAGAAGCGUUAAAAGCGCUAUAAGCGGGAGGUCUAUGAGUAUUAAGUCUUCAAAUAAUAGGGCUGCCACUGCCAAGCCUAAGAAACAACAAGGAUCGCCCAAUUUGCCAAAGGAUAGAGAACAAGGUGGAGACUAUCUAAUAGAGAUUUGCGGAAGAUAUUUGAAUAUAUAUGGUCAGGGAGCUCUUAGGUUCAUAGACAAACCAUGGAAUUCGACGAAAGCCAGUGACGUCACUACGGUUAAGUUUAAUUACGUAAACUUUAACUGUAUCACUGGCUACUUAAACAAAGUGAAGCACAGGUUUCCUAAUGCAGACAAUUUUGUGUUCAAAGAAACCAACAUAACUUGUCUGGGACAACUAAACGCUAUAUCAGAAAUUCAAGGUUUAGUAUCACUUACUAUCGAUCCAGAGGGCAAUCCUAUUUGUGAAAAAACUUGGCAGAGCUACGCAAUCUAUCGUCUGUCGCACUGGGGUUUAAAAAAUAUUAAUACUAAAGAGAUAACCGAUGACGACAUUAAGAGAGCCAACAUAGAGUACCAGAGCCUGAACGACUUGGUACUUUGGUCACUGCCAGACGUUCUUUUACAACCCUUAUUGGUACGACUUAGAAUUGACGUAAAUCAGGGCGUAAGCGAACAAAACGCAAAAAAGUGGUUGCUCAAAGCCGAUCAACAGUUACAGGGUGUCGUUUGUAAGGAGGCCUUACAGUGGAAAAAGGGUUCUGUAAGUCAGGAUGACUUGGCAAUGCGACAAAAAGCGAAAAUUCACAUCUCAGGUCUUUUGGAAGAAAUGACCAACUCCAUGAACAAAUUAAGAAUUUUAGAUGAUCAGUGGCCUCAAUUAAUGCAAGAAUUUGUUCAGAAUACUCUGUCAGAUUAUUCAGACUUGGACGGAUACAUGAAACAGAAAAUGCAAGAGUUAGAUAAGUAAAAUAUUCAUACAAAACAGAAAGAUAAUGAAGAUGUACAAGUUCCAAAUUGAAAACAGGUUUACACUGCCCAAAUCACAUUUAUAGCGCACAAUAAUAUUAUUUUGUGUUUUUGUCUAGUCAUUUACAUCUAAUUGUUAACUUGUUGAAUCGAACAUUUAAUAAAUAGAGGUUUUGUAAAU